UCCGGUUCCGGUCCCUCUCCCCCUCCCCCCGCUUUGUGCUGGGAGAAGAUGGCGGCGCGGGCGGGUUUCCAGUCGGUGACUCCGAGCGGCGGCGGGGGGGCCGGAGCGCUGGGGCCGGGCACCCCGGGGCCCCCCGUCCGCAUGGGCCCGGCUCCCGGCCAAGGCCUCUACCGCUCCCCCCUGCCGGGCGCCGCCUACCCGCGCCCUGGUAUGUUGCCAGGCAGCCGCAUGACACCUCAGGGACCCUCCAUGGGUCCCCCAGGAUAUGGUGGGAGCCCCUCAGUCCGGCCUGGCAUGGCCCAGUCUGGUAUGGAUCAGUCCCGCAAGAGGCCAGCUCCUCAGCAAAUCCAGCAGGUCCAGCAGCAAGCGGUCCAGAAUCGUAAUCACAACGCUAAGAAAAAGAAAAUGGCUGACAAAAUUCUACCUCAGAGGAUUCGUGAACUGGUACCAGAGUCUCAGGCCUACAUGGAUCUGUUGGCAUUUGAAAGGAAACUGGACCAGACGAUCAUGAGGAAACGUCUGGAUAUCCAGGAGGCCUUGAAACGGCCCAUUAAGCAAAAGCGAAAGCUGCGCAUUUUUAUCUCCAACACCUUCAAUCCAGCCAAGUCGGAUGCCGAAGAUGGUGAAGGGACUGUUGCCUCGUGGGAGCUCCGGGUGGAAGGGCGGCUGCUUGAGGACGCUGCUCUGUCCAAAUAUGAUGCCACCAAACAGAAAAGGAAAUUCUCAUCCUUCUUCAAGUCUCUGGUGAUCGAGCUGGACAAGGACCUGUAUGGCCCAGACAAUCACCUGGUGGAGUGGCACAGAACUGCUACUACCCAGGAGACAGAUGGCUUCCAGGUUAAGAGGCCUGGGGACGUGAAUGUGCGCUGUACUGUCCUCCUGAUGCUGGACUAUCAGCCACCACAGUUCAAACUGGACCCCCGCCUGGCUCGUCUCUUGGGGAUUCAUACCCAGACCCGCCCAGUGAUCAUCCAGGCACUGUGGCAGUACAUCAAGACCCACAAGCUACAGGAUCCCCAUGAGCGGGAGUAUGUCAUCUGUGACAAGUAUCUCCAGCAGAUAUUUGAGUCUCAGCGGAUGAAGUUCUCUGAGAUUCCUCAAAGGCUGCACGCUUUGCUCAUGCCCCCAGAACCAAUUAUCAUUAACCAUGUGAUCAGUGUUGACCCAAACGACCAGAAAAAAACCGCCUGCUAUGACAUCGAUGUGGAAGUGGAUGAUACUCUUAAAACUCAGAUGAAUUCUUUCUUGCUGUCCACAGCCAGCCAGCAGGAAAUCGCUGCCCUGGAUAACAAGAUCCAUGAGACAAUAGAAACCAUUAAUCAGCUGAAGACACAACGUGAGUUCAUGCUGAGUUUUGCCCGUGACCCCCAAGGCUUCAUCAAUGACUGGCUCCAGUCGCAGUGCCGAGAUCUAAAGACCAUGACUGAUGUUGUUGGGAAUCCAGAAGAGGAGCGUAGAGCUGAAUUCUACUUCCAGCCCUGGGCUCAGGAAGCCGUGUGCAGAUACUUCUACUCCAAGGUGCAGCAGAGACGGCAGGAGCUGGAGCAGGCACUGGGAAUCCGCAACACAUAAGCUGCCCCACUCCUCCCCUGAUCAGAAGGCAUCACAGCUACUUGUGGAGACUGAGUGCUGCAGAGUUCACUGUUUAGGCCCACACAACCCCCACUCCGGCGUAGAGACCUGCAGCCAUUACUCACCUCUGGCAAUGUCUGUAUCAAUGUGACUCCAGAGCCCCACGGGGCUUUGGGGAUGUAGCAAGCAGACAGGCUCAAAGGGUCACACACUUCUACCUGGUUUCCUCCCUCACUGAGGCCCUGUCAGUCUCAGAGAUCUUGCGAGUCGACCUUGUCUCUGCUUUGUCUGUAAUGCCCCCAAUAUCCAGUGUUUCUGCAGGUUCAGAACUUUGAGUUCAGAAACUUACCACAGCCCCUUCUCCAAAACUGAGCUCUAGUUCUUGCACCCCAGAGAAUGUGGGGCUGGAAAGCCUCUCAGCAUGGGCCCUUCUGGAUCUGUCAUGCAGACAGAGGCCCAUGGCCAUUCACUUCCCAAGGUCCCAUGAGAGACAGCGGGCAGAGCUCCUGCAUGUUGGCACACACUCUCCCCCUAUGGGGGUGCUCUUGCAUCAUCCCUCCUUGUAGGACUCUCCUCUCCUAAGAGAGGAUUUCUGUGCUAUGUAGAGAAUUGAUUUUCCCAUCGUGUCUCUGUCUCCUUAGUUAAAGCUCCCUUCGUGUUCCCUAGGAGGCUGUUCCAGCCCUGGAGCACGAGGGAAACACUGGUUCAGCACAGAGAUGAAGGCGCUGUGAAGAGGUGACUCUACUGCAUGCCAAGGGAGCUGCAAGCGUAACUCUAACAUGCAGGAUUGAGCAGCAAUGCAGUCUUGCCAAAGGCUGCUUGUUCUUCCUGCUGCAGGGAGCAUGGAAUGCACCAACUGCAGCUUCUCGUUGCAGUGGGAUUAUGCAGAGCAUAAAGCCUUAGGGUCAUUUCUUGGACCAGGCUGAUAAUGAUCCUGCGUGUCUCUGCCUUUGGUGAAGAGAAUGCUCCCUUGCGUAUAUCUGAGGAUGUGAGGAGACAGCCUGGGCCUCUACCAAACAGCCCCAAACAAAUAAGCAAAUUAGUAGAAGUCAGGGCUCCUCUGCUUUGUUGUCUUCCAUGUUUGGGCACAGAGCAGGCUCUGGGGCUGUCACAGGGCAGGUGAUCGAGUAUGUGCAGAUGGGUUUUCUCCAGCUGGGAGAGUAGCAGCCUAGACAUGGAAUGAAUUGCUAAUGAAUUAAUUUAGUGGCACUCUUGUGCUUUUUGCCCUCAGGACCAUGUGUGUGCAGCAGAUCGUGUUGGGAGGUGGGGGCUCUCUUCACCUGGGGCUAAAUAUUUCUGCUCAGAUUGCUUUUUGGGACUGUAAAGCAAGCGGACUCAGAACCCAGUUGGUUGUGCUCUCCUGACGUUAGUUUUAAAUCAUGUUACUGACAAACAGCCUCAACUACCCUGGAGUGUGGUUGAGGGGCUGCUAUGAAAUUGGGAGCCCCUGUAAGCGUGUGUAUGUGUAAGAGAGAGCGCGAGAGAGAGACUACUUGUCUGCGAGUAAUAGACUUUCCAGCCUUCCCUCCCUUCUGUCUUUGGACCCUUAAAGAAUUGCCCGUUUAUAGCACCAGGGGCUGAAGUCCCAGUGCGGGUUAAUGCAGACUACCGGCUCCUCGGAGCAAGUAAUAGUGAAGGAUACUUGGAUAUUGCCUAGGCAAGCGUAGCUGUUGCAGAAAUACUGUUUUUAUUAACUGAUUAUGGUUUUUCAUGGACCAAAAUUUUUUUUGUACUGUAUCCUUGUAGAUGUCACACAAUUUUAAUAAAAGCCUCCUGUGAAGGAA